ACGGGGGCGGCUCUUUCCUGGGUGGGGUUUGUAAAGUCGUGGCCCGUUAGCAGGAAGCGGAGCAGUCGCCCGACGCUAGAGUGGGACCCAAUCUGAGCACCCGGCUCUCCCGAGUCCUUGCCGAAGUGUACUGCGCGCUCAGAACAGCCCGACAGUUUCUAGCCAAACUUCACCAACUCCUUCGCCUUUGCCGCCACCAUGCCGAAGACGAUCAGUGUGCGUGUGACCACCAUGGAUGCAGAGCUGGAGUUCGCCAUUCAGCCGAACACCACUGGCAAGCAGCUGUUUGACCAGGUGGUGAAAACAAUUGGCUUGAGGGAAGUUUGGUUCUUUGGUCUUCAGUACCAGGACACAAAAGCUUUCUCGACUUGGCUGAAACUCAAUAAGAAGGUGACUGCACAGGAUGUGCGGAAGGAAAGUCCUCUGCUCUUCAAGUUCCGGGCCAAGUUCUACCCAGAGGAUGUGUCUGAGGAACUGAUCCAGGACAUCACCCAGCGCCUGUUCUUCCUGCAAGUGAAGGAGGGCAUUCUCAAUGAUGACAUCUACUGCCCACCUGAAACUGCUGUGCUCUUGGCCUCCUAUGCCGUCCAGUCUAAGUACGGUGACUUCAAUAAGGAAGUGCACAAGUCUGGCUACCUGGCUGGAGAUAAGCUACUGCCCCAGAGAGUCUUGGAGCAGCACAAACUCAACAAAGACCAGUGGGAAGAGCGGAUCCAGGUGUGGCAUGAGGAACACCGAGGCAUGCUCAGGGAGGAUGCAGUCCUGGAAUAUCUCAAGAUUGCUCAAGAUCUGGAGAUGUAUGGUGUGAACUACUUCAGCAUCAAGAACAAGAAAGGCUCAGAGCUAUGGCUGGGUGUGGAUGCCUUGGGACUCAACAUCUAUGAGCAGAAUGACAGACUGACUCCUAAGAUUGGCUUCCCUUGGAGUGAAAUCAGGAAUAUCUCCUUCAACGAUAAGAAAUUUGUCAUCAAGCCUAUUGACAAAAAAGCCCCGGACUUUGUGUUCUAUGCUCCCCGUCUUCGGAUUAAUAAGAGGAUCUUGGCCCUGUGCAUGGGGAAUCAUGAGCUGUACAUGCGUCGGCGUAAGCCUGACACCAUUGAGGUUCAGCAGAUGAAGGCACAGGCACGGGAAGAAAAGCACCAGAAGCAGAUGGAGCGUGCCCUGCUGGAAAAUGAGAAGAAGAAGCGUGAGCUGGCAGAGAAAGAGAAGGAGAAGAUUGAACGGGAGAAGGAAGAGCUGAUGGAGAAGCUGAAGCAGAUCGAGGAGCAGACCAAGAAGGCUCAGCAAGAACUGGAAGAACAGACCCGCAGGGCCCUGGAACUUGAGCAGGAACGGAAGCGUGCUCAGAGUGAGGCUGAAAAACUGGCCAGGGAGCGUCAAGAAGCUGAAGAAGCCAAGGAGGCCCUGUUGCAGGCUUCUAAGGACCAGAAGAAGACCCAGGAACAGUUGGCUUCAGAAAUGGCAGAGCUGACAUCACGGAUCUCUCAAUUGGAAAUGGCCCGAAAGAAGAAGGAGAGCGAGGCUGUGGAGUGGCAGCAAAAGGCCCAAAUGGUACAGGAGGACUUGGAGAAGACCCGUGCUGAGCUGAAGACGGCCAUGAGUACCCCUCACGUCGCCGAGCCUGCUGAGAAUGACCAGGAUGAGCAGGAUGAGAAUGGGGCAGAGGCCAGUGCUGAGUUGCGGGCUGAUGCCAUGGCCAAGGACCGCAGUGAAGAGGAGCGUACCACUGAGGCAGAGAAGAAUGAGCGUGUGCAGAAGCAUCUUAAGGCCCUUACUUCAGAGCUGGCCAAUGCCCGAGACGAGUCCAAGAAGACAGCCAAUGACAUGAUCCAUGCUGAGAACAUGCGGCUGGGACGAGACAAAUACAAGACCCUGCGCCAGAUCCGGCAGGGCAAUACCAAACAGCGCAUUGAUGAGUUUGAGUCCAUGUAGUGGGCUUUCAGCCUUUAGGGACCCCUCCUCCUCCUUCCUUGUCCCCACACUCCUAUAGUUUUGCCUAACUAACACUGUGCUGGAGCCACUAACUAAAAAAGCCUUGGAGCCAUGCCAAGCAUUCAGUAUAGCCAUGGGACCAAAUUUAGCCCUUCCGUCUCCUGACUCAGAUCCCUGGGCAAAGAAAUGGCCCACUGUGGUGCCAAUGGAAUCUCCUUUUCUGUAACAUUCAGCCUAGCUUUCUAGAGUAGGUCCUGUUUCCCCAGCUCAGAGGCUCAUUCCUUUUUAUUUGACAAACACGCCCCACUUACUGUCUUCCUCUGGGACUCAAGUGUAAAAUAGGUUGAUAGCUAGCUCCCAUCCCUUGACUUUUUCUUCCAAGUCUUGUGAUUUGCAAGUUAGAAUAUUGUGUGUUUUAGGGACAGAAGCACGGCCUUGGCUCUAUCUUUUAGCAUGUCAGCUGACCAAGGAUUUGGCCUCGUCCUGUCCAUCCCUUUUAGAGUCAUUUAGGCUUUGUAACAAUUGGAGGGUAAAGAGAUGUUUAGUCAUUCUUAUUUCUUCUACCUCCCGUGUUGGGCCUAUUACAAAUUCAGUCCCAAUAAGCCUCGUCCCUGUGCUCAGGGACUCAGUUUCUAAUCAAGGAGAGAUAAAGGGAUGACGGAAACAGUGCGUUCAAGAGAGCACACUAACAACCUAGAAAGCCUCUUGCCAUUGCGCAUCUUUAGAGCCUUUUUUCUAUCAAGUAAGGUCUAGGGUAGGGCUACCCCCAUGUUAGUCCAUGCUCCUGGUUCCAUCUGUCCCUGUCCUCUCCAGUCUCCAGAUCUCUUCCAGCUAGGCCAGAGAGGACGAGCACCCUCAAACCUAGCCAGUUACAUCUAAGGCUGUUGCCACAAAGGGGGACAUGGUUAUUCCUGGCUUUAGUAUUUUCUCUGCCAGGAGUUCUAGACUCCCCCCACCCAGAGCUGAUUGGACCACUGUUCCUGCUUCACAGAUACGCACCAUGACGGGUAAGAGUAGCUCUUGGUUUUCAGUCACCCAGUAGUCCUUCCCCAGCUUACCCAGUCCCGAGUGGAGUGGGUCCUGCUUCUGACAGAUCUCUAACCCAGGUCGCAUCACUAGCUGUGCUGUCCCUUGGAGCUACAUCCAGAAAGCCGCUGGGUGUUCCGGUCUUGUCCCUUCACAGCCCCACACCCUUCUCUCCACUUUGGAGCUGCUGCUUCCUCUUUUUGUCACAUUGUGCUCUUCUAAUUUUUUACCAGUAUUAUAUAUUCUAGGGAUAGCUAACUUGAUAUUGAUUUCUACAUUUUUUUGCUAAUGCACUAUUAGAGAUACUAGUCUUGGAAUGGGAUCAUUUUAGCUUCAUUAUUUUUACUACCCCUACCCCAUAUCUGGGAAAUAUAUACUGUAUUAGAAAAUAUUUUGCCAAAACCAAUAUGUAUGAAGACUUCAGUAUUAGUGAUUUACCUGUCACUAUAGGUCAUACAAUCCAUUUAAAAUGUACUUAAUAUUUGGUUUUAUUGUUCCUGUUUGCCUUUUCCCCAGGGUUGAGUCCCUCCAUGCAGUAUCCCGAGCCCAAAGCCUCUCUCAGCCCAUGCCCCCUUACUUAACCUUGGGUAAUCUUUUAUGCAUUGCUGUGAAUUAUAUUGACACUUGGUGAGCUGCCCUAUAUUGGCUAAAUUCAAACCUGGAAUUGUGGGGGCAAUCUAGCUGCAUUAAGGGCAAUAACCCACCCCCACAGAGACUGGGGAGGUUAGAAUUUAUAUUCAGGUUUUUUUGUGUAUUUUUGUUUUUUAAAUAAUUGUUUUGGAGGGGUUUGUGCUCAAAUCUGUGUUCUAUUUCAGUGCCAAUAAAAUUUAGGAAGACUUCA